AUGUUUCUCUCAUUACUCUGCUUAUUUCAAGUGCUGUUUCUGUCCCGGCUUGUUCAGUUCUUCCUCACCUGGAAACCGAACAUGACUACCGUCAAACCCGACACGGUCAACCAGGCCCAUCCUCUUCUUGCCCACUUUGCUUGUGCAAACCAUGGAAUCAAGAAGACCAACGGCAGUGGUGGUUGCCCGAACGAGGCAAAGGUUGCCUGCGGUGGAUAUGGCCUAGUUGUGGUAAGAUUCUCAAAUCCGGUGAUGGAAGCAGAACCGACGCCCUGCCUUUGCAAUGGGGGAUGUAUGAAGCCUCCCACCCUUAUUUAUGGCGCAAACAAGUAUCUUUGGGGAACCAUCCCAGCAAUUGAUGUUAUCAAGCCUCAAGUCAAUGAGGGUGUUGACUUUCAGCAGGAUAUUGACUUCCUCUUUGCUGCCUCCGGUGACCUAAGCAAUGCCAUCGUGUCGAUAGGCCAACUGCCUGACGAGUACAAGCACACAGUGACUGCAGUGCUUAACGACAAAGAGUUCGACGUGGUCACUCGCAACGCCAUCAUGCUUCUGAUAGCACAAUCAAGAUCCGCCUGGUACUCUCGCGUGCCCAUGUAUGACCUCGAGGACGUUGACUAUGUGGACCGGGUUUUUCUUUGCCAGCUGCCCAGUAUCCGCAUGGGAUCUCACAAGUUUAGGACUGACAGUAUUCUUCUCCCCUUUGGAGCCUCGAGGGUCGACUUUGUCUUGCCCAACCCGUCUCUCAUUAGUACCUUCUUCCACAAGAAGGAUAUCUGGCCUAUGCUGCCUGAUGCGGAUCCGCUUGCUUCCUGGCCACUCUCGGCUGUUCUAGAUUCCCACCAAAGCCCUGCCAAAGAGGAUGCGUACAGAGCUCUCUGCACGCGUAUACUCGAUCGUGCUGAAGAAUUCCAUCGCCAGCUGGCUGCGAGAAAACUCUCCUUCGAGCUCUUUUGUACCGAUGCCUGCCUGCUGGGGAAUUUCAUUGACGAUAGGAAGUUUGACCGCAUCGAGGCUAUGUUGCUGCGUGAUCAUCACUGUUCCUUUGUUGAGAUGGCCAUGGGUCGCAUGCUCAAGAGGCCCACGACGAACGACAAAGCUGUAUCUCUGCCCCUUUUCCCGGAUGCCGUGCCAGAGGUGAACAAACUCAUGGCUCGCGACUUUGGGGUCAACGAGGCCAAUACGUUGGCGCAAAAUGUCGUUGCCUGCAUGAAUCCGCUAGUCAAACCCGACAAAGAGAGGGCCCAAGUCUGCACAGAACGUCAAGCAGACGGAGCAAUUUUCAAUAAAGGCCCUCUCGGCCUCAAAACUUGGAAAAUUCCACCCCUGCCCUCCCAGGGAGAAGAAAGUUCAAAUCCAGCUCCAGCCCUCAAACGAUUUGACAGAGUUGCGGUUACAACCCGCGUCGGGAUCAAGCAGACAAACACCAUCGUGGACAAGUGGCCAAUGCGCUUCUACUUUGACGGCGUGAAUGCGCGGGCCAAAAGGGACUUUGCCAGGCCCAUCUCCUCGCGCAACAGUGGUGUUGAGCGCUAUGUGGAGUGGAAGAUCAUGAAGAAGCCGGUUAUUGAGGAACCCUGUGAAGGGAUAUCGGCAAUCUAG